AUGGAUGUCCAUGAUAAUAAAAAAUCAACUAAACAUGAGAUAGAACUGAUAGAAGAUACGAAUGAGUCAGAUAAUGAUCUACGUGAACCGUUCAGCGAUAUUGACCUAAGCGACAGAGAAGAUCCAACAUACGUACAAAGUUGUGAAGUUCCUCGAUGCAAGCAAGAAGUAUGGAGUUCUUGUCACCGAUGCCUAAUACUGUUAUGUUGGGAUCAUUUCCGAGAAGAAUCAUCAAACUGCGCUAGUCAUCAUCCUCUGGAAUCAGGGAGUGAUGAAGAUGUCAUUCAGAAACGGCCCAUUCAGAUCGACAAAAAGCCUGCUAAGAAAAUAAUGGAAAUCCCAGAAGACUUUCCUGUAGAAGGGUCACCAAGAGAGUAUCAACCUGUGAAGCAGCCAAGGACAAAUAAACGUAAACUUGCAAAAGCUUUAAGAAAUAGUGGAAAAGAGUAUGUUUCCGUGAAAACACAGAAGAGAAUACCAAUGCGUAAAAUAGGACCGGCUUGUAAUGCAGAAUGGUGUAAAAAAGGCGGACGGGAAUGCAGAAAGUUUACCGAAGAAAUAAGGCAAGCUAUAUUUUCGGAUUUUUAUAAUUUGGCUGAUUUGCAGUUACAACGAGAAUUUCUUGUUCGAUUCGUAGAACAAAAACUAAAAAAGUCGAAUACAAAACCAGACGGUAAGUCUCGACGAACAUACACGAAAACUUUUUUCCUUCCAUUUAAUGGUGAACCAACUAAGGUGUGCCGUAAGAUGUUUAUUAGCACACUGGAUGUAGGUGAAAAAGUACUGCGCAAUGCUGUCAAAAAAGUUCAGAGCACUGGCGUAUUAGAGAAAGAAAAACGUGGUGGCCGCGAUAAGAUAUCUGCACUCAAAGAUAGGGCUGUAAGAGACAGUAUAAUCAAUCACAUUAAUAAAUUCCCCCGUGUUGAGUCCCACUACUGUCGCAAAGAUAGUUCCAGAGAAUAUUUGCAUGGGGAUUUAAGUUUACGAAAGAUGUACGACAUGUUUAUCGAAGAGUUGCAGUCCACCGAAAGCAAACCUAGUUUUUCGUUAUACAGGUUUAUUUUCAAAAAAAUGAAUUUGUCAUUCCAUAGGCCUAAAAACGAUCAGUGUGGAACGUGCAGAGUUUAUCACCAAGCAAGUGAAGAAGAGAAAAUAAAAAUAAAAGAAAUUUAUGAUAAACACAUAGUAGAGAAAGAGGCAGUUCGUGAACUUAAAGAAAAUUUUAAAAGUGCGGCUAAAAAUGAUCCAAAAAUUUUUUGUGCUUGUUUAGAUUUGCAACAGGUGAUAUCAUUACCUAUAUCUAAUGACAAUGCCAUUUUUUAUAAACGUAGGUUUUCUGUGUUUAAUUUUACGAUUUAUGACUUAGCCAACCGUGAUUGUUAUUGUCUAACUUGGCAUGAAUGUUCUAGUGGUCGCGGAUCUAAUGAAAUUUCUACCGCUGUUGUAAUGAUCUUAAAAAAAUACGACGAAGAAAAACUUAUUUCUUCCGCCCAGUUAUUUGCGGAUGGUUGUGGCGGGCAAAAUAAAAAUUCAAUUAUGGCAACUGCACUUUUGUAUACAGUGUUACAAUCAAAACACUUAAAGGAAAUAAGUCUCAGAUUUUUUUCGCCUAACCAUGGGCAGAGUGAAGGAGACUCUGCCCAUAGUGCAAUUACGUACGCUAUUAAAAAAGCUGGAGAUUUAUUCACUCCCAGCCAGUUGGUUCCAGUAUUUCGCUUGGCAAGGCGAAACAAGCCUUAUAAAGUUUACCAUCUAAAUUAUAAUGACUUUUUAGACUAUAAAACGUUAAGCGAAGAUCUUAGAAUCAAAUCUAUAAAAACGGAUGACACCGGAACUGAAUUUAAAUGGUCGGAUGUAUUUGAGUUUCUUGUGAAAAAGAAAAAUCCUAAUAAAAUAUUUUUCAAAACUAGCCACGUAGACAAGCAAUACCGUUCAAUGUCUUUAAAAAGGCAGAUGCGACAUUCUUUAACGGUCAAAAAAUUAAAUAAAGAACAGAGACCUUUAUCUCUGCUAAAGUAUGAAAAUCUAAUGUCCCUUUGUUCUGGCCUUAAGCCUGUUAUUUCCUCGCCUGAAGAUAAAUUAUUUUACCACUCAUUACCACAUACUCAAAAAUAA